GGUGUGGCGGCUGGCAGCAGGGUGCACAUCCUCCCCUUUUUGCACACACACGAAUACAAAGAACUGCACGACCUUCCAACGUCUACUUUUUUGCAUUACCAGCUCCGGAGUUGGUCUUGCCUUCUCUUAAGACUACGGGCUUUUGAAAGCCCUCCUCAGUUCCUGCGCCAUCAUGUCGUUCAGCGCCACCAUCUUGUUCUCGCCCCCCAAGGACGCAAAACGUUGCUGCUGUACCUGCAAACAAGAGCCGGGGACUCCGACGGCCGCCCCUCCGCCCCCGUCCCCGCCAGGCACCCCUAUCACGGUGACCGGGACUGGGCUGGCGGUCCAGUCUUCGGACCAGCUCCUCCACGUCAUCUACCAACGGGUGGAAAAGGCCGUCGGUCUCGCGGAGGUGGCCCUGAGCCUGGCUAAGGCGAACAACGAAGCCCUGAAGCGGCUGGAAGAGGAAAUGGGAGCCUUGCGCCGGGGGGUACCUGCGGCCCUCAAAGGCAGCCCCCCGUGCGUCUCUGAGGAGUGUCAACAAAACCAUGACUUGGAAGAGGACGAAGAGCCAGAGGCUGAAGGCCUCAGAAAUGGCGUCCAGGUGGUCAUUGAAGAGCUGAGGCAGCUGGGAGCCGCCACCGGGUCAGGACCACCCCCGGGACGCCUGAGUUUCUCGCCCGGGCUGCUGGAAUCUGGAGGUCCUGGUGGGGCAUCAGAAGAAUCCCAGACAGUAGAUGACUCCAUACAACGGGUUUACGCCACGCCUUCAUCUCCUGCCCCCCAGAUCCCUCCCCAGGCUGCUCUGCCAUCCCUGGAUGAUCCCCUCUCCUGCCCAGAGGUCUCUCCGAACAGCACCACCCUGGAGGAUUCUAUACAUGGGGAGCCCCGUUUCUCUUUGGGCUUUGCCAGCCUUCCUUGUCGGAGCCGAAGUAGUGGGCAGAAGAACGCCAGGCGCAAGAGGGACCUGGUCCUUUCAAAACUGGUCCAUAACGUUCACAACCACAUCACCAACGAUAAGAGGUUUGAUGGUUCGGAGAGCAUCAAGUCUUCGUGGAAUAUCUCUGUAGUGAAAUUCUUGCUGGAAAAACUGAAACACGAAUUGGUAUCGAAUCACCAUAAUUAUACUGACAAGGAACUAAAAGGUGCUUGCGUGGCCUACUUUUUGACCAAACGCCGAGAGUAUCGUAAUUCCCUCAACCCUUUCAAAGGACUGAAGGAGAAGGAGGAGAAGAAACUUCGUAGUAGACGCUAUCGACUUUUUGCAAACCGUUCCGGGAUGGCACGCUUGCUCGGUCCUGAAGAGCAACGCAUAUGGCAAAAUGUGACGGAAGAGCUUAUGUCCGACGAGGAGGACAGCCUGAGCGAGCCAGGGGUUUGGGUGGCACGCCCCCCACGCUUUCGAGCCGCUCCCCUCACUCAGCUCUGCUACCGGCUUGAUGCCAACUCCAAGCAUGGCACCAAAGCCAACCGGGUCUAUGGGCCGCCUUCGGACCGCCUGCCCUCUGCCGAAGCUCAACUUCUGCCCCUGCAUCUCUAUAAUCCCCAUUUUCAAGAGGAAGAAGCCGGGGCCGCCACGCCCUCUCACCCACCUAGCCACAAAAGCUUUUGUCCCGACCUCAGCUCUUUCGUUGAGAUCAAAGUGGAAAAGGACGAGUAACUUUAAGAUGCCUAACUUUGUUCCAUGCUUAUCGAAAUAACGGAGAAGAAAGAAGACAGGGUCAAAUGAGACACUGGCACCACCAGCUGAGCUUACGGCUUUCUUCAAGCUGAGUAAAAAAGCAUAAUUGUCUGCUGUGCCCGAAAUGGCUUUUAUGGAUUAACACACCUUUCCGCUCUACGGGGAGCCUCUUUUAGGUCAUUACAGAAGGACUAUGCGGGAAACGAUAACCCUUCACUAAAUAGCUGAUCAGUACUUAACAGGAUGACUGUAUAAAAUAUGAUGAGUGCACAAUCCAAGACUAGAUUCAGGCAAAUUUGAAGCAAGGUAGGAAUUCCUGACGGUGUUGAGGGUUAGUGGCAUCACAAAUGUAAGAGAACUUGUGUCCCAUUGCACGGUAACUUUAUUCCAUCUAGUAGUUCUUGGUCACAGAAGACAACAGCUAGCUAAGGGAUGGCUAAAACUCUGGAGAAUGCUCUGUGAUUCAGGUUGAAUGUUCUUGGAAGGAGGGAGUAGCAGAAUGUUGGGUUCAUUGUUGACGGUUUUAAAAGGCCGACAUAAAACAAUGCUCGCAGAACUAAUCCGAUGUCUUUUGGGUGCAUCUGCAUAAACAGGCGGGUGGGAAAUUACGUGCUUUUGUUUUCUCUUGGAAAGGAAGAAAGAGAGAAGGAGACUGACUUGAUGGAAAAUGGGGCUGCACCUUAG